AUGUGCCAUGUGCCGCAACAACGAAUCAUGACUUUUAAUCCGUCUCCAUGUAGCACUUUCGAUGGCACUCUAUCGCAACCGCAAAUCACCGAGGGAAAAGGCAUCCGAGCGGGCGUGAGAACCCAAGUCACCUUCAACGUGCACUGCCAACCAACUUGCCACUGUUCCAGCCAGCCGUGCGGCGUGCCAGCCAUCCUGCAAAAUAACGCGCACAAAAUGCAACCUUCUAGGGGUCUUCUCCAGAUGGAUGACGAAUUCAAGCUCAAGAAAGAUCAUCUGCCGAAGCGCUCAAGCCCCAUCUCUGAUCCCCCCAAAGACACUCUCUCCUUGCACGGGUCGUCCCUGGAGUCUAGGACAUCCUACAGGAUACCUAACUCGACAGCUCCUGGUCGCUCCUCGACUGGUUGGCUGAAGGGUGUCCACGACCAACGAACCCGGAUCGACGCACCUGCAGCACAUCCCACACAAACAGAGAGGCUUGCCCCGGGGGCCGAAGUGGGCGGCCUGCCGGGGCGGGACCUUGGCUCCAUGGCACUAAGUCUCCGUUCAGUAUCUUGCGCGACGCGAUUCAUCCGCGGCAGCUUUGCAUCUUCAAUCAGGGGCUUCCUUGGUUCCACGACGGAGAAAAAAAACAUCUCAAAUCAACUGAACCGGUUUGCGGGACGACUGGAAGCCACAGGAUAUGGAUCACGACAGAGGGCAGAAGCAGAACACGCUGAAAGCCCCGCGACCCAGCCCGAUGCCGGUUUGGUGUGCAAGAACGGCGAUCUAUGGCUUUCGACUGGUGGAGGCAAAACUGUUCGUGCUUGGCAUCGGACUGUCAGUGCAAAGUGCAAACUAUCCGUACACUCUGUCGCCGGACAUCAACGAAGCGCUGGCCGCGCUAACGGAUGGGCCUCAUCAACAAAUGUCGUCCAAUCUUUGCGAAAGUGGGAGCUGCUCACUCCAUUUAAACAAGGUGUUUGA